AUGCCUCCGCCUGCACUUUCAGCUCCUUUUCAAUGCGCUGCAUCUCUGCCCGCUCUUCUUCGUCCUUUUUGCGUUUCGCCUCGGCCUUUCGUCGCUGGUUGUCUUCCAUUUGUUGUUUUAAAAACGACUGUGUCUCUAGUUGGGCAGUUCGACGGGUCGGGUCUGGGGCGACAAUUGCGCUCACUUGGUGUCGCCUACCGUGCGAUGACGACGGUGGCUGCUGGUGCUGCAGCUGCGACGGUGGCGGGGGACUUGGGUGGUUCGUGGCACCGUAGGGCGGUGGAGGCAGCGGAAGGAAGGGCUGCUGGUGGGGAUGAUUGUCAUAUCCUAUUUGAUGGUAACCCUGUUGCGGAAAGGGUUGGUGUAAUGGGGCGUUCAUCUCAGGGUGCGGCAUUUGCUGGUAUUGUUGUUCUGGGUACCCCCCCUGUUGAGGGGGUGGGUGGUACUGUUGUUGUUCUUGAGGUGGUGGCGCGUACUGGUGCUGUUGAGCAUACGGUUGCGGCGCGUUGUACUGCGCUGGAGGGGGUCCUUUAUUGUACGCAGCAUACGGGGGCUCCGGACCGGGGACGUUCAUCUGGUCUGGCGGGGGCUGGCCUGCUUUCUUGA